AUGCAACAACAUAUACACGAGGUAACCAUAUCGGAAACUCCUCUUUCUUCAAACACAACUAAACGAAACUAUGCCGAUGCAUACACUCUAUCAGAUGAGGAAAUUCAACCAAGCACAAUAGUUCCAUCUCCCUUUCAUUCAGAAACCCUAUUUGUGAUACAGAAUGAAGAGUCGUACAUGACUGGGAAACCAACAUACGAAACAAUUAGAAUAGAAAGAAGACCUCAAUUAUCUUUAACAGCACCAAUAGCUAAUCAUGGCGACUCAAGAGGACAUUUAUCCUUAACAUCCUCAAUAGUUUGCACACCAAAGAGUUUAGAUGGUCAUCAUGCUCUAGACGAAACUUCAACAACCAGAUAUAAUCAUCAAUGCAUUACAACCAUUGGUCAACCAACUCUUCAUCACGAAACCAGUCAAAUCUCCACUCAACUGACUCCUCCUGAAGAAAAGAAGGUCAAAUAUUCCUCCUUCUUCAUCAAACUCUUCUCAUUUACCAACAUUUUUAUUCUAAUGUUUAUUGUUCAGGGAUUAAUAGGAGUUGGAACGGCCUUCAUCUUGACAAACUCGUCAGUGAAUCAUGUUCUCGAACACAGUCGACAAUAUCAAAGAUUACAAUUACAAGUUUACUUUAAUUCAGAGUUACAAAAAUUCAUUUCACAAAUUUCCUCAAUGACCAACCACAUUUCGAAACAAAUGCAAAGAUUUAACUUGAAUGAUAAUUUGGCAAUGAUUAAGAUGAUUGACAGUAUUGACACUGCUUACAACUCAAAGAUUGGAGCAGGUGCUUAUAGGUGGGCCAGAUUUGAUGAUUUUUACUUUGCGAGACAAUUUAAUGAAACUGUUGAUGGUUAUGUUGUAAGAGUGUACAAUCCAAUUGUUACAAAUUUUAAAUAUUACAAUGUCAGUAAGAAUCAAAUGUCAAAGGCACCUACUGGGAGUAAGAUGGAUGUUCAUGAAUAUUUAAAAGGAAUUUCUGUAGAUCCGUAUUAUGAUGGAAAUUCAACCUAUUAUCCAAAGAAACGAGAAUAUUAUUUGCCAUAUGAUAAGGGAAAUCAAUCUGCUACUGAUAUCAUGUGGUCUAACAGUUGGGCUAAUUUUAAUGAUGAGGUCGUGAUUACAUUGAGCAUUCCAGUGUUUAGUAAUUAUUCGAUGAGUUUCUUUAAAGAAUCGAAUAAUUCUUAUUUGAUUCAAAACAUGUUACAUCCAAAAUAUAUUUCCAUUCCUAAUGGACAACUUUCCAAGUAUCCCUAUUUGAAGAGUCCUCAAUAUUUAUUUGGCGUCUUGAGUAUUCAAUUCUCAUGGGAAUCAGCAUCAAAAACUAUUCUAAAUGGUUCAAAUUACGGGACAGAUCUUCUUAAAACCAAUGAUGCGAUGGAAUACAGCAUGAUAGUUGACUCGAAAUAUAACUUGAUUGGUAAAAGCAAUGAAAACAAAUUAUUGUCAACUAUCCAUCAGGUUCUAAAGGAAAGAAAUUUGCUUUCUCUCCUUUCAUCUCCCUGUGGAAACAUGACAAGCAAUAUUACAGAAUCAGAAAUAACUUCCUAUGGAACUGUUUUCUUUAAACUCAAUUCUAAAAACUAUGGAAAGUUAGUAACAGAUGCAAUUGAGGUUGAAAUUGCUCCAAUUUGUGACAAGUAUGGAAUUGAUUGGUUCGUGGUGGUAGGAAAUUACAAAUCAGUAGUCUUGAUUCAACCGAGUCAAGUUCCAGAUUUUGUUGUAACAUUUGUACUUGUAUUUGUUCUACAGGCAAUAUUUCUAGUAUUUAGUGUUGUGAAUAUUAGAUUGUCCUUCUCUGCUGUUAAGAAUCAAGCUCUUUCAAUACUAAAAUUGGGAAAUGAAAAGCAGAUAAGUUCCAGAAAUGCAUUGGUAAGAAUGUGGAACACGUUUAAAUCGUUCUCAUUCUUUGUGGAUAUUAGAGAAAUGAAAUCUAAAUUAUCUACCAUUAGAAAUGGACUCUCCACUUUCUCCAAAUAUGUUCCAGAACUCGUUGUGAAGGCAUUCACAGAGAGGGAUGGACCUUUUGAUAAGAUUAAUUUGGCGCAAAGGAACAUGACUAUUCUAUUCACUGAAUUGGUUGGUUUUUCAGAGCUUUCACAUGGCAUUCAUGAUGAUUUUCUUCCAUGCCUUAUGACUAAUUAUUUCACGAUUGUUUCAAAGGCAGUCAAAGAGGAGGGAGGUAUGAUUACCCAAUUUAUUGGAGAUAGAGCUGUUUGUGUAUUUAAUGUUUAUUGCCUUCCAUUGGAAAAUCAUGAAAUUAAGGCAUGUAGGGCAGCUCUCAAAAUAAUGAUGAAUAUUGAGAAUUUUAAUAGAAUUCAUCUAUCUGAUUUGCAAGUUAGAGCUUCCAUUACCUCUGAUGAAAAUAUUCUUUGCGGAAAUACUGGAAGCCAAUCGAGAAUGAAUGUUACUGUAAUAGGUUCAAGUGUACCUAUUGCUAAAGCUCUUCUAUUCUUGAAUAAGCAUGUUGGAAAGAAAAUUCUCAUCCAUGAAAAGACCUAUCAGAAAGUUGUGGAAAAUUUCGUUUGUAACUUUGUUGAUUAUGUUUGUUUUGAAGAUUGCCAUUUCCCAGUUUAUAGCUUGGAAAGCAUUUUUAGUUUACUAACAGAGGAGAAGGAAGAGAUACAUAAUGCCUCAUUUCAAGUAGAAUCUGCCUUGUCAAAAUGUGACUUUUCUUCAAUUAUUGAUAUUUGUAAAAAGUAUGAAAGUAAGGAUGAAUCUCUAAAGAGAAUGAGAAAAAGAGCUGAAACCCUUGAAAACGAUUAUUCAAUGUGGAAUUCUUGUGAUGAUUUCGAUUGCUCUUUUAAACUAAGAGUUAAAUAA